AUGAUUGAGUUCACGGCGUGGGAACACGAUCAAAGCUCGGUCCAUGACAACAACCGAAUUGAUCGGGUUGUGCUUGCAGAAAACCUGCCACAAAUCUCGGAUAAAGCCCUCACCUUCGAAAGCUACAAUGUUCAUGCUGAAAAGGGGAUAUUUGGCGGCAGGCACGAUGGUGCCAUCAUGCAUUGGCCUAUCUCGCAGGCCCCAAGCGUAACUAUCCCAAGUGCCAACACACUGCGAGGGCACACAGGUGCCGUGCUGACUCUCGACUUUGCCCCGGAACUGGGGCCUGAAGGUCUUCUGUUCUCAGGAUCAGCUGAUCGGUCCAUUAAAAUUUGGGAUCCAUGGGGCGGUGCGGAUUCAUCUUUGCCUACCAAAGGUGGCUACGCAUGUGUACAAACUCUUACCGAACACUGCGGCAGUGUUGUCUGCUUGCGAGUUUUAACGCGAAGUCAUGGCAUCAUAAGCUGCAGCCUGGAUCGGACGGUGAAAACUUGGUACCCUGCAGAAGGUCGAGCCUUGCUGCUUUACCCGUGGUAUCUACCAGCCCAGUCAAUCUUACAGCCUGGUAGUUGCUGGCCCUCGGCGUUUUGUGUUCGUUCCGGCGCAAACGGCACUCUCUUUAUCGGAGAUUCUGGUGGUGGCAUAUCUCAGUUGGGUGACCAAGUCGACAUGAAGUUUCAAUUCAGUUUGAAGCGGAAGUUUUCGCACUUUCACUCUCUUGGCAUUUCCAAACUUGAGAUUGUGGCCGACAGUUGCUUUGUUGUCUCGCUUGGUUUCGAUGAAAAGGCGCAAAUUAUCGACGCGAUCUCAGGAGCUCUCUCAUCUACGAUCUGCAGUGCCAGCGCUGCGCGUUUCACGUCGUGUGCUUGGGAUGAUCGUGGUCAGAUUUUGCUACUUGGUGAUGCUGCGGGUUAUGUGCAUUUGUGGAACAUAUUCGAAGACAAGCUGCUGGGAAAGAAGAAAAUGGUCGCAGCAAUGCCACUAGGGAUUGUCGGGAUGCAUUCUCUAACUGGAAUCCCAGCAGGAGACUUCUUGCUAACUGGUCUAGCAAAUGGCGUGAAACAGUGGAUCUGCAACCGUAAUGUUGGGUAUGUGAGUUGUGGAGGCCACUCAGAUUCAAUCCUGACGAAAACGUUUCAAUUUUUCAGCGCCUCACUGGACGGCUCCAUUCGAUGUUGGGACUCGUACGAAAUGAAGGCGUCGUUUGGGUUCGAAGAAAGAGACUCCGAGAUCACCUGUAUGGUAGCGUCCAAGCAAUUCCAAAAGAUUUUCACUGGGCAUGAUAGCGGUGUCGUCAAAGUCUGGAGCAUUCACGCGGGCGAAAUGCUCGAGUUGCCAAUGGAAAGAAAUGGUUCUGUCACGUGCCUAGCAACGGGUGUCGUUCGAGAUCAAGAAGUGCUGCUUGCAGGCAGUAUCGACGGAUGCGUCUCUGUGUGGGAGGCUAACGCAGAUGGUUUUCCGCGGGGCGUGCCAUUCCAACCAGUGCUGCAAUUGGAGAAGAAGGAGGCCACCUCACUUGUGUUUUGCAGCGGAAACUUUUUGGCCCAGGACGGUCAGGAGUUUUUCGUGGCUGGAUACUCAUCUGGGCAAAUUGUUAUGUGGAGUUUCGCGAAAAAAAGUGUUUUUUGUUCGUUCAGAGCUCACAGUGACGCAGUUUGCAGCAUGGCGGUGCACGGUUGCUUCCUCUUUUCUGGCUCCGACGACACACUGCUUCGCAUGUGGAACAUGUGCAAUCUGCCAGAAACGUACGAGCUAGGCGUUCUCCGCCAUCCCACCUCGACUUCAUCGUCAGGUUCGAGUUCUCCCAUCGUGUGUCUGGACGUCACCCCAAUGCGUGGGCUCGUUCUCAGCGCUGCCGCUGAUGGAACUCUGAUCGUCUGGGACUACACUACGUGCGAAGACGAAAGCGCUUUCGAUGCGUACGGCAAAAUCGUGUUUCGGGCCAAGUACGUGGGUGCAAGUACCUUGCCGAAAUCCACACUGCUGCCAACUGUACUUACCUCUUUUGAAUCGCUUUUUAUUCCCGAGUAG